UGCACCUAAUGUUGGCUGGACUUUUGAAUCUUGACUUGCAAGUUCCUUCAAAUCCCAAACGGGUUACGUUUCUGGUACCAGAAAAACACCUUCUUCUUCUUCUUCUUCUUCUUCUUCUUCUGUAUCUCAAAUUUGAAAUCGAGUAUUAGGGUUUUUGAUCUGCAAAUGGCGAACAAGUAUAGCAUAAUCGUCCCAACUUACAACGAACGCCUCAACAUCGCUCUCAUCGUCUUCCUCGUCUUCAAGCAUAUACCAGAUGUUGACUUUGAAAUAAUAAUCGUGGAUGAUGGUAGUCCUGAUGGAACUCAAGAUAUUGUCAAACAGUUGCAGCAAGUCUAUGGAGAUGACCGCAUUCUACUAAGAGCUAGACCCAAGAAGCUUGGAUUAGGGACUGCUUACAUUCAUGGUCUGAAGCACGCUUCAGGAAAUUUUGUUGUUAUCAUGGAUGCUGAUCUGUCACACCAUCCAAAGUACCUCCCACACUUUAUAAAGAAACAAGUGGAAACGGGUGCUGAUAUUGUUACUGGGACCCGGUAUGUAAGAGGUGGAGGUGUUCAUGGCUGGACCCUGAUGCGCAAAUUGACAAGUAGAGGGGCGAAUGUUCUUGCACAUACACUUCUUUGGCCCGGUGUAUCCGAUUUGACGGGCUCGUUCCGUCUUUACAAAAAAUCUGUGCUUGAAGACAUUAUAAGCUCUUGCGUGAGCAAAGGAUAUGUUUUUCAAAUGGAGAUGAUUGUCCGAGCUUCAAGAAAAGGAUAUCAUAUCGAAGAGGUUCCAAUAACCUUUGUCGACCGUGUUUAUGGAAGUUCCAAGCUUGGCGGAUCAGAAAUAGUCGAGUAUUUGAAGGGUCUCGUUUACCUUCUUUUCACCACGUAAACAACAUAGAACAAAUUUCAUGUAUAUAUCCUUCUAAAAGUUCAGACUUUCAUAUAUAUUCUUCUAAAUUUCAUAAUCUAAUAGUUAACCGUUCAAAACACUCAACAUAUCAUAUUUAUCCAUCUCAUUGUAAAUAAAAUAAAAAUCAGUUACUUUGGGAAGCAACAUGUUUACCAUGAACCAUCCUAGCACAUAAUAUUCCCUUUUAUUUAUUCUAUGACAUGGGGUGUUAUGAGUGACUGAUUUUGUUUUAUUUACUAUGAACUGGGUAAAUAGUAUGUUUUUGGUAUUUUUGAACGUGCAAGUAUAUGAUAUCAUGAAAUUUAAUUAGAUAUAUAUGAAACCCUGAACUUUAGAUGUAUGCAUAUACAUAUGAAUUUGCCUCAAAACAACUUAUGCUAGAUAUCAUUCGAUACUAUAAUCUCACAGGACGAUGACCCGAUACAUGGCUUGUGCUUUUGUAAUCAUGCAAAUAGCCAUCAUACAGCAAUUUACCUUGACAAACAAUUUCGUUCUAUACUUGAAUUUUGCUUCUUUCACUGUGAGCCACAUUUUUUUGUCUUUAUAUAUGUAUCUUUUAUAACGACUGUUACAAGGACAUGCUUGCAGUUGAAGCCUUUGAAUGUUCUGAUGGAUU